AUGCCAAAAGUCGUCUCUUUUUACAUCCGAGAUGAGAACUCCGGAUACUUGUUUUUAGUGGACACUGGGGCACAAAUUAGUGUAAUACCAGCCAAACCUAAUAUGUUGACUAGAAAGACAGAUUAUACGUUACAAGCGGCGAAUGGAUCUUCAAUCCAGACAUAUGGUGAAACCUCUUUAACCCUAAAUCUGGGAUUUAGGCGAUCUUUUCCGUGGGUAUUCACGAUAGCCCAAGUUCGAACCCCAAUCCUAGGAGCGGAUUUCCUCGCCCACUUUAACUUGUCCGUUAAUAUGUCUUCCCUUUCUUUGGAGGAUAAAACGACCAACAUUACAAGGAAAGGAAUUACAUCUAUUUAUACGAGCACAUGUAUCAGCGCAACUCUACCUGAAGCCAACGGAAUGCAGGAUCUGUUACAAAAAUAUUCUCAAAUUACAACACCAUUCCGGUAUACAGAAACCGUUCGUCACAAUGCUGAGCACCACAUUGAUACUACGGGCCCACCCACGCAUUCAUCUCCACGGCGAUUGAGGCCUGAUAAAUAUAAACUGGCGAAAGACGAGUUUCAGCACAUGCUGGACCUCGGACUAACUAGCCACGUUAUUACGAAUGUCCUUUUAUUAGAACUACCAAGCUGCGAUCUUUCACGACUGUCAUACCAAGGACGAACAGACUACACCAGCGCCGUCCGCGUCGAUCUUCUCUCUCUUUUCCUAAGCGCCGACGCGCUCUUUACAAAAGGGCAGACAUCCGGGGAUCGACUGGACCUCGAACACCGCUGUUCCAUUCGGCCUACCUCCGAGCUGUCGCCUUGA